UACAAACACAACAGGAUUUAAUACAAAAAAUUGAUAAUGAUAAACAUCAAGUGUAUUAUGUGCCAAAAAAUGCACAUACAGACAAGAUUAUGCUUUCCGUCAGAAAAUGUCUUGAUAGUCUCCUGUCUCACAACAUCACUGGUUUUACUAAUGAAACUGAAAUGAUAAAUACUUACCUACGUAGCUCGAAUCAAAAGCCGUUAACUAUUAUUGUAGCAGGAGUUGUUUUUGAACAAUAUAACGAACCUACGUUAAAAUAUAAAUUGAGGCAUAGGCAUCCGAUACCACAUGAUUUAUAUCAAAGCGUAUCAGAAAUGGAACUUAACACUAGGUCACCUCUUAAAUAUUUCAAUUGGUUUUCACCACUUGCUCAAAUUCAGAUUUGUGUAGAUGAAGCGUUUAUAAAAAAAGUAGCACCAAAUUCCAACGUUAAGAUGUCAAUACAACAAAUGCCUUAUCCACCGCACAUCGAAAUAGACAGGAUUGAUACAAUGUUACGUAUACAAAUUGUUACAUUCGCAGUUAUG